CCGGCCCCGCCCGACCUCUGUCGCGCCCGACCCCGGCUGCUGCUGCAGCGGCGACAGCGCUUGGCGCGCGGUGCUGCAGCCAUGGCUGUCGCCGUCGAGGGCGCCCGCAGGAAAGAGCGCAUCCUCUGCCUGUUUGACGUGGACGGGACCCUUACGCCCGCUCGCCAGAAAAUUGACCCUGAGGUGUCAGCCUUCCUGCAGAAGCUUCGCAGCAGGGUGCAGAUUGGUGUGGUGGGAGGCUCUGACUACUCCAAGAUCGCAGAGCAGCUGGGCGAAGGGGAUGAAGUCAUUGAGAAGUUUGAUUAUGUGUUUGCCGAGAACGGGACAGUGCAGUACAAACAUGGACGGCUGCUCUCCAAGCAGACGAUCCAGAACCACCUGGGGGAGGAGCUCCUGCAGGACUUGAUCAACUUCUGUCUCAGCUACAUGGCUCUGCUCAGACUACCCAAGAAGCGUGGAACCUUCAUUGAGUUCCGGAACGGCAUGCUGAACAUCUCGCCCAUCGGCCGCAGCUGCACCCUGGAGGAGAGGAUCGAAUUCUCUGAACUGGACAAGAAGGAGAAGAUCCGAGAGAAAUUCGUGGAAGCCCUGAAGACGGAGUUUGCUGGCAAGGGGCUGAGGUUCUCCCGAGGAGGCAUGAUAAGCUUUGACGUCUUCCCCGAGGGCUGGGAUAAGCGCUACUGCCUCGACAGCCUGGAUGAGGACAGCUUCGACAUCAUCCACUUCUUUGGGAAUGAGACCAGUCCUGGUGGCAAUGACUUUGAGAUCUAUGCAGACCCCCGGACUGUCGGCCACAGCGUGGUCUCCCCUCAGGAUACUGUCCAACGAUGCCGAGAACUUUUCUUCCCAGAGACAGCCCACGAGGCCUGACAGUGACCACCGCUGAGCACUGGGGACCUUCAAAGAACUCUGUCCGGGCCUGAAGAGAGAACCGUGGGGUGCCAAGGUUCCCACUCUGGACCGGCAUGCAGCAUCUCGUGGGCACAAGGUCCACCCACACAGGACUGUUUGGCAACUGUCCCCAGCCAGGUGCCUCCUGAUAAGGCUUAUUCCUGCACUCCACUGAUGGCCCUGGCUUCUGAUGCUGCUGGUCUUCGGGACAGACUAGGAUUCACUCCGAAGGGAGGCAUGCAGGUUCUGUGGAGCCUGCUGGCCACAGACUGACAAGGGGCACUACUAAAAAGAUUGUUGCGAUAUUAAAGUUCCUAAGACAAGA